AUGGUCGUCGACAAGAAGCCGUGGGACGACGCUCGAGGCCGAGUGUCCAAGGAGCUGGACGAGGCGUCCAAGCACGUGCACGACGCACAUUCCCGUCCUGUACAGCAUGUGAUCGACGUGCUGCAGAGUGAAGUGGACCGUAUCAAGGAGCUGACAGGCUCAGCUCGUCACGCGCUGGACGAGACGGCACAGCAGGCGUGGGCAGCUACAGCGACCGCCGUCGCACCCGUUGUGGACGUCUACAAACGCGCGGAUGGAAAAGAGGGAACGGAGCUGCGUAAAAGCGUGGCUGUCGCACGGGAAGCUCUCAAUGUGAAGCUCUACGCGGCUCGACAGCAGCUACAAGAGACCAAGCAGAUUGCAAAUGACCAACUGGUGCCUGUAAAGAGCGCACUAGCUGGUGCUCAAGAACUGCUAUUGAAGGCAAACGCGUUCCAGCGCGAGCAUCCAGCGAUGGCGGCAGCGGGUGUAGUAGCUGUAGUGGGUUUCCCAUCGCUUCUGACUCGUGGCAAGUGGUGUGCAGUGCGAAACUCGACGGUGGUGGCGAGCGCAGGAGCCGCGGUAAGCUACGGGCUGUACAAAUGGGAGGAGAAGAAUCACAAGUAG